UUAAUAAAAUUAGAAAUGAGAAUAAGCCAAAAGCAGAAACAUUGGGAAAUGGGAAAGGAAAGAUAAUAAACCACUAUCCCAAUUAUUGAUGCUUAAAAUGCAAGGUAGAUCUUGACAUUUUAACAGCAAUCAAAACACACAUUGUCGGAUAAUACCCAUCUGAGUUUGAGAUUUGGCUGAGGAAUUCGGAAAAUGGAGAGAGGGGUUUCUUGGCCUAGUAAAGAUGAGCUAAAUAGAAUAAGGAAAGUGGUUUCUGCAAUGGCUGGGAGAAGUCCCGAGGAAGUUCGUGUUGUAGUUUCUCCUUAUCGGAUUUGCCCUCUUGGUGCGCACAUUGAUCAUCAGGGUGGAACUGUUUCAGCUAUGACAAUUAACAGAGGAAUACUUCUGGGGUUUAUUCCUUCUGGGGAUACUAAGGUAAAAAAAAGUUGUUCAGGUUCAUAAACUGUGACUUUAUGCAGCAGUUGUUUCGAGUCAAAUUGCAUCAACAAGACAGAAAUAGCA